AUGUCCGUGAUACAUGCCCCCGGUGGACCCAUACCAGAGGUCCCCUACAACCUCACUAUUCCCCAAUUCUUGUUCAAUAUAGACUGGCACCCGGCGAGGCCAAAGCUGCUGUCGCGCGCUCCGUGUAUGAUCGAGGAUGCGACCGGUCGCUCAAUCUCGUUCGAUGAGGUUCGUACGCGUACGACCGCGCUCGCGAAUGCGUUACAUUCCCGUUGUCAAAUAAGGAACAACGACGUCGUUUGCAUCUGUACUCCGAACCACGUAGACUUUCCAGUAGUCGCGCUCGCUGUACAGAAGCUUGGAGCUGUUGUUACAACUUCAAACCCUGCAUACACGAUCAGCGACCUCGAGUACCAGCUCAAAAUCACAAAUACAAAACUCCUUGUCGUGCAUCCUUGGAACUUGGCUGUGGGUCGUGCCGCGGCAAAAGCGGUAGGACUACCACUUGAGCGGAUCGUUCUAUUCGACGUGGCGGAGAGUGGUGGAGCAUCACUGACACAUCUCACCAUCUCUCAACUUGUCAACGAAGGAUCCUCGAGGCCACAGAGUUUCACUGAAUGUCGAUUGGGCCCGAAUGAGGGCAAGUCAAAACUAGCCUAUAUCAACCUCUCAAGCGGAACCACAGGCAAACCCAAGGCAGUCUGCAUUCCCCACAGCGCAGUAAUUGCAGGAAUGAUUCAACAAGGCCAUCUGGUGAUCCAAGACACUACUCCCUGGGACGAGCGGAAAUAUCGUCCUGGCGAUCGCUGGUAUGCCGCCUUGCCGUUCUUCCACAUAUACGGUCUUGUUGGCAUCAUGCACUUUGCGUUGUUCUAUGGAACAACACUCGUAGUAGUCCCGAAGUUCAGUUUCGAAGGAAUGUUGCAAAGCAUACAACGACAUAAAAUCAGGAUGCUCCCGGCUGUGCCUCCCAUCGUCGUUCUUCUAUGUAAGAACCCCGAAGUGAAUCGCUACGACCUGACCUCCUUAGGUCUCAUCAUGUGCGGUGCCGCACCGCUUUCCGCUGAGCUCAUCAACCAACUGUCUGCUCGGCUACCCUGGGUUAGCAUCGGACAAGGAUACGGUAUGACGGAGGCUGUGGGAUCGGUCUGCUUCCCGCAGCUCGAACAGAAGAUCUGCUCGCCAGGCAGCGCAGGGCGGCUAGUUCCCGGUCUUACCGUGCGUGUCGUGAAGCCUGACGGGUCGCUUGCUGGCUUGGGCGAGCUGGGCGAGCUGGCGAUCAAGAGCGAUGCGGUCGCUUUGGGGUAUCUGAAUAAUGAGAAAGCCUCACAAGAAACUUUCGUCGAUGGCUGGCUCUACACCGGGGAUGAGGUCUAUAUCAACGACAAGUAUGAGGUAUUCAUUACGGACCGUAUCAAGGAGAUACUCAAGGUCAAAGGAUUCCAAGUCGCACCAUCCGAGCUCGAGGGGCAUCUCCUCGACCACCCUGAUGUCUCCGACGUCUGUGUGGUUGGCAUCCCGGAUGAAUACAACGGCGAGCUGCCCUUCGCAUUCAUAGUCCUCAGUGCGGAAGCAGUGAGACGCGUUAAGGGGUCCACCACGGAAGCAGACAAAACCAGAGACGCGGUUCUGAGGCACGUCUCGGACCACAAAGUGCGGUACAAGUGGUUAGCGGGCGUCGAAUUCGUCGAAAGCGUACCGAAGAAUCCCAGUGGCAAGUUGCUCCGCAAAGAACUGCGAGGUCUCGCAAAGGACAUGCUGGCGAAGGGAACAUUUUACUCACCGGUGUGA